AUGAACUACGCCAACCCGGAACAAGAUGUGAUUGGCUCUUACGGCGAGGAGAAUGUAAAGUUCCUCAAGGAGACGGCUGCUAAGUACGACCCAACGGGAUUCUUCCAACAGCGUGUGCCUGGUGGGUGGAAGAAAUCGGCCAUAAUCUCGAGAGUCGCAAAGUUGUCCGAUGCAAGCGGGGAUAAGACUCACAUUACCGCCACUCGCGAACCCAAAGAUGAAAGUGAAGGCUAA